AUGUCGGUGCCGUUUCCUAAUGAUUACACUUUACGUCGAGUAGCCGAACUGGAUCUGAAGGCGUGUAAUAUAUGUUUCAAACCCACAAGCUGUGUAUUAUUGUCUUCAAAUAAAGUUGACUUUUUCCACGCUUGUGAGGCGCAUCUUAACGAUUCCACAUUUUGUACCCCAGAGUAUCCUGCUAGUUACAAGGAGCUCAAUGCCAAGAAAAUGGAAUUGGAGAACAAAAUAAGUGGGUUAAACAAACAAAUAGAGCAGGCACAGCCGUAUGCAUGGACUAAGCUUAUGAGUGGAUGGAAGAAGCCACCAGCAGAAGAUAAGCAAGAACCCGACAAAUUGGCCAAGUUGGAAGAUGAGAAGAAAACAUUGACCACCGAGUUGGAAACUGUGGUUUCUCAGCUCAAACAAACGAAAGUGAAAGAUUAUAAACUUGAUAAUGGAAUGUAUAAGCUGAGAAUUCAAACUUAUGUACUGGCACGAGUACGAGCUAAACGUCAAAAGGAAGUGCACACGCCAGGUUUCUUCCCUUCCGCACCGACUGGAAAACCCUGA